UUCUCUAAUCCGCAUCUCUGCUGUUGUACCUCUCUUCCCUUACUUUCUCUUCUUGCGCUCAUACUGUUCUUCUCUCUACUCUCUCUCAACCCACCUCUCAGAUCGCUUUUUCUCUCUCUCAAACCCUUUCACAAGACUCAGAAUUCCCUCACCAACAGAUGGCAAUGCAGACAGCAAGUCCUGCUGCUGCUCUUCCCAGUGCACAUGUUGUCGGUAAUGCCUUUGUUGAGCAGUAUUACCAUAUUCUUCAUGAAUCUCCAGAAUUGGUUUAUAAAUUCUAUCAAGAUUCAAGUGUCCUAAGCCGGCCCGAUUCUAAUGGUGUAAUGACUUCAGUGACAACCAUGCAGGCAAUCAAUGACAAGAUUCUAUCGUUGGAUUACGGAAACUACAAGGCAGAGAUAAAAACUGCGGAUGCCCAGGAAUCCUACAAGGAAGGAGUUAUCGUUCUAGUAACAGGAUGCUUAACUGGGAAGGACAAUGUGAGAAAGAAAUUUACAGAGACUUUCUUUCUAGCUCCGCAAGAGAAAGGCUACUUUGUCCUUAAUGAUGUUUUUAGGUAUGUUGAGGAAAGUGAAUCAUUGGAGGUCAUCAAUUCCGUGACAGUUAAUAAUGGCAUCAACAACAGCAAUGCUACAAUGUCCCCCUUGCCAUUAGAUCCAGAGCCCAUUCGUGGUCCUGAUCAUCCUCCAUUGGAGCCUGUUGCAACCUUCCAGACCGAGGAUCUAAAUAAUGGCCCAGAAGUCUGUGACCCCUCAGAUCAUGAGGAAGGAUCAGUUUUAGAAGAAGAAGUUAUUGAUGAACCCCCAACUCAUUCAAGUCAGAUUGAAACUUAUACAGUUGUUAGUUCAGAUCCUUCUGACGCUCAUGAACAGAAGAAAUCAUAUGCUUCAAUCGUGAAGGUAAGUAAGGUUGCUAAAGCAUCUACUCGAGUCUAUGUUCCUACUAGUAACACGAGGGUGGUACCUGCAAAUGCUGAUCUACAGUCAUUGGGUUCUGCAAAACCAUCUCCUGAGUUAGAAGCAUCAGCUCCUACUGGCGACAGUGCUCCUCAAAGUACUGAUGCUCAUGAAGAAGUUGAAGGCUACUCCAUACAUGUACGGAAUUUGCCUGUGAAUGCGAUGGUUGCACAGCUUGAGGAGGAGUUCCGAAAAUUCGGGUCUAUUAAGCGCGGAGGUAUCCAAGUCAGAAGUAAUAAGCAGCAAGGAUUUUGCUUUGGCUUUGUUGAGUUUGAAUCACGGAUUUCCAUGCAGAGUGCUAUAAAGGCCUCGCCUCUAACAAUUGGGGGUCGCCAAGCUGUUGUUGAGGAAAAGAGGACUACAACUCGAGUUGGCAGUAGUGCGAGAGGAAGGUACCCUUCGGGGAGGGGUGGAUUCCGGAAUGACAACUUCAGGAGCCGCGGGAACUUUGGUGGUGGUGGUGGUGGUGGUAGGAGCUUUGGCAGGAACGAGUUCAGAAACCAGGGCGAGUUUUCAGGUCGACCCAAGGGCCCAAGCGGACACAAUGGAGAGAAUUAUCAACGAGUCGAUCAGAACGGAAGCGGAAGAGGUGGCCGUCAAGGUGGGAUGAAUAAGAGUGCUGCUUCUGGGUAAAGGUUAGCGAUUAUCUUGUCGACAGACAAUUUUUGACAGUAAAUGAGAGAUGUUUAUUUUCUGUUCCUUUUUCUUUUUCUUUCUUUCGUUCUUUUUUUUUAAUUUUAUUUUCUUGACUCUAGGAUGUAGUUAUUUAUAUUUUUAUUAUGUUGACCCACUUUUUUUUCA